AUGAAAAAUGAUGAAAAUAUGGGAUAUUUACGAUCUUCUACGGGUAUAACACCCACAAAUGCUUUACGACGUUUUGCUUCAAAACAAUUACCAUUAGAUGAAUUAGUAUUAUGUCGCGCUCAUUUAUCUGAUCGCCUUCUUGCUGAUCUUAUUAUCGCGAACAAAUCGAGACUCGUCUUCCUUGAUAUAUCUGAUGUUCAGGGUUUGGUUGGUCAUGAAUUUAAUCGAUUGAUGGAAGAGAAUAGUGUUUUUCUGGAGCGUCUUCUUGUAUUACGAAUGACUUCGUUUGAGAUACUUGUUAUUCCUUCAGCAGCGGUUCCACAACGUAAACAUGGUGUUAUAUGCAUAGGUGAUGGAAAUGGUUUACCAGUUCUUUCCGUUGAAGAUCUUGCUCAUUCGAGUAUUAGCAUUCCCUAUAUGGAAUGUGAUGAUCCACCUACAAAUCUUAAUUGUAAUUCUGAUCAGAUCAGAUCUGUUGUUGAAUUUGAGUCCUUCACAUCUCGUUGUCCCAAUAUCGAAUCAUUAACUUUGCAACGGAGGCAAGGAACUGGGCACAGAGAAGACUUUGAAUCAGUUAACGAAUUUUUACGGCGAGUUUUAUCACCUUUAAAACGUUUAAAAAAAUUGGAUCUUUCUCAAUGGCAACGCGUCGAUGAUCUUCAUGCAAUCAGUUUUCUCUCACUCACUGUACUCAUUUUAUAUGAUGUGCCCGAUCUUUAUCGAGCAUUAGAUACCAUAGUUCAGCUUGUCCAACUCAAAUUUCUUGAUCUAUCUCAAAGCUCUAAGGGGACAGGAAUAUAUCCUCGACCUGUGACUGCUCUCAAUCGAAUUGUUUCGCGCCUUCCUAAUUUAACUCAUCUUGAUAUUUCCUCUACUAAUCUUGCUGCUCAGCCUUCUUCACAAGAUAGACCACCAAUAAUUGAUGGUUCAGUUCGUUCGGAUAUUUAUGGGCUACGCUGUUUAAAUGAACCGCUUGAAUAUCUUGGUCUUUUUAACUGUGAUAGCGCUUCGCAUUUUAUGGAAAUACCUGCCAAAUUCAUAUCUGGCGACAAGGAUGAAAAUCAGAUUCUGCUGGCUCUUGAGAUGUAUUGUGAACGUGCUGGUCUUUUACAAGGAGUUCUUAAUGAAAAAGACAGUACAUUGCAAAUUGCUGGUUCUGCAUCACUUUUUUAUAUUAUAAGGAAAGUAAUUAUGAAUCGCGAUACAAAAAGGAAAGUGGUUACUACUUUACUAAACGGUAUGGAUGCGCACAUGGAAGAACAGGUGAUGGUCAGGAACUGUUGCCUUUCAUUAUGUCAGUUUGAAAUACCGCUUGAAAUAUUAUUUGAUUAUAAUCGUGUAGCUCGACUUCUGGUAGCAGUACUGCAACAUCAUAGUAGCGAUCAUUUGACGCAGCGUAUCGUUGUAUUUCUAUUAAAUUCCAUGGCAUGUCACGUUGAGGGUGAACAAAAAGUGCAAGUUGGUAACUUGGGCGCUAUAGAGGUAAUAUUAGAACAAAUUCAGCGAAAGCUUGCAGCGGGUGUUUGUGAUGAUGUAAUGGAAGUGGGUUGGAGUUUUCUGUGGAAUAUUACAGAUGAAACUCCCACGAAUUGUGAAAGAUUUUUGGCAGCUGAUGGGCUUCGCCUGUUCCACCAGUGUUAUCAGCAAUUUCAAAAUGAAACAGAACUUGUUCGCAAUAUGAUGGGUUUAAUUGGAAAUAUAGCUGAAGUUGAAUAUUUGCGUUGUCAGCUUAUGAAUGAUGACUAUAUCAAUAUUUUUUGUGCGCUCCUUAAUAUGUUAGUCGAUGGUAUUGAAAUCAGCUAUAAUAGUGCUGGUGUGCUGGCACAUAUGGUAAGCGAUGGUGAUGUUGCUUGGAUAAGUGUUAGUGUUUCACGAGAGCAUGUUAUGGCUAGAAUCAUCGAGGCGACGGCAAAUUGGGCGUUGAACGCUCGUCGGUUUAUAAAUUAUCGUUCAUUUAAACCAAUUUUGCGUUUAAUUCCUAUGUUCGAUUCUCCGGCUAGUCAACAUUGGGCGAUUUGGGCUUUAGCCAAUCUUACAUCCACAGAUAGUGAUAAAUAUUGCUCUUACGUAAUUAAAGAAGGUGGUGUUCCGCUGCUGCAAAUGGUUGUGGACGAUAAUCGAUCAUCAAGUAGCAUGCGCUCUCUUGCUCUAACUGUACUAUCAAACAUUGAAAAAUGAUUUAAUGAAUGGUUUUCGCGCGGUGCAUUAUCAUGGUGCGUUUUUGAGAAAUGA